CAGGUCUUCUCUCUAAUGAUCCUUAUCGUUCAUUUACUGUGAAAUACGCCGAGGUAAAAGGUAACAUUGAAUGGCAUCAAAUAUUUUUAAGAGGUAUUGGUGGUAAUUGGCUUGUAUGUCUUGCAGUUUGGCUGGGUACAAGUGCACGUGAAUUACAUUCAAAAGUAAUCGGUAUUUAUCUGCCUAUUUGGCUUUUUAUUGCUGUUGGAUAUGAACACUCAAUUGCCAAUAUGUUUACAGUUCAAAUGGGUAUGAUGCUUGGUGCUGAUCUGUCCGUUGGAAAAUAUAUUUUGCGCACAUUGAUACCAGUUACACUUGGAAAUAUUGUAGGUGGAGGAUUUUUCGUUGGUUUUACAUAUUGGUACCUUUAUUUGGCGAAAAAAGUGGAUACUGAUUCUAAAAUUGAUUUUGAAUCACCGGUUGGUAAAGGUUAUCAAAUUGUAAAACAACAUGAGAAAAUACAGCAAGCUCAACAAUCAUAA